UAAAAAUGACUAUCUUGAUCCAGCGAAGCUUCUAGGUUCAAAGUAGGACGUUACCUUGCCAGAAGUGAAGAUGGUCUCGCCCCUAAAUUUGGGCGAAAUUGAAGCGAGAGUGCCUUUUCCCAAGAUGGCUGCCGAGGCACACGGCCCGGUGGGGAAGAGCCUUCUUUCGUUUUCCCUGUGGUUUGGGACCCCGUGCGAGAAAGUGACUUGUCCCUAUGAUGCUAAUCAUCAAAUGCCUAAAUCUUCCUUGGAGAAACAUAUGACAUCCUGUAAAUUGAGGAAACUAGAAUAUUCUAAAGAGGAAGAGGCUGAAAUGUAUGAUUCUACUUUUUUCUAUGAAAAAGGCAAAAUUCCUAAAGUUCAAAUGGACAAGGACUUGCAGUUUGACAUUAUUAAAAAAGCCAUGGCUAAAGAGUGUGGAAAUUACUGCCCAGCAGCUUAUUCUUCUCAGCCUAUGGAAGUUCCACAAAACCACAAGCGUUACACCUGUGAUCUGACCCAAGCUGACCGCCUUGCAAUUUUUGAUUACGUCCUUGCAGAGACAAAGAACCAGAGGUCAAGAUCUCAACUGACAGAAAAUGACAGUGACCUGUUUGUAGAUUUGGCAGCAAAAGUCAACCAAGAUGAUGGCCAGAAAGGUCCAAAAUCUCAUCUUGAAAUUCUUGCAGAGAUGCGGGAUUACAAAAGACGGCGGCAAUCAUACCGAGCUAAGAAUGUUCACAUAACAAAGAAAUCCUACACAGAGGUAAUCAGAGAUGUGAUUGGGGUACAUAUGGAAGAACUUGCCACUCAUUGGCAGGAAGAGAACAGAAGUACUGAAGUUCAUGAAGAUGAAAAAUCGUCUUUCUCAGCAAAGUCUUCAGGAAGGAAGAACGAAGGUCUGCAUCAGCUGAUUCAAGACAGUCUUGUGGAAGCUCAAAGGAUAUUGAUUAUUCUCGACAUAGGAGGAAUUCCAGCAGAAGUCCAAGCAGACGAAAAAGAAGUCGAGAAAGAGAAAGAGAGAGAGAUUUCCGAAGGAAAAGAGAGAGAGAUGAAGGGAAGCAUCAUAAAAGAAGAAAAUAAUACUUGUAUCUCCAUUUCAAGAUAUGUGGUGCCAAAACUGAGUUGUAUCUGUUUCAUUCCAUAGCAUAAUCAGAGUGUGUAAUAUCACACUGACAGCUGAGAAGUACCGUCUUAGCAACUUUAAUAAACAUCAUUUGAAAUCUCUAUCACGCUCAUAAACUGGAUAGUUUGUGUAAUUAUUCAGAAGGCCAGCUACCACCCCUUAACUCAAUUAAGUUGUUGGU